AAAGACCAGAUCAAGUGAGCAUGUAUGUGCCCUGUGAUGGAUUGGCACCCGUCCAGGGUGUACCCCGUCCCUUGCCGCUACACGAUGAGUCAAGGAAAGGACAAUGCACGACUCCGGAGCUACAAGAACAAAUCACUUAACACAGAUGAGAUGAGGAGAAGGAGGGAGGAGGAAGGCCUGCAGCUACGCAAACAGAAGAAAGAUGAACAGCUGUUCAAACGGAGAAAUGUGGCCACAGUGGGGGAAGACAACGCACUGGAGGAUGAUGGGAUGUCGGACAGCGGAUACCUGGAAUCCCAGGCCAAUAACAUGGAACAAAUCACGGGUGGUGUUAUAUCUGUGGACAUGACCCAGUUGAUCUUCUCCAGCUCUCCAGAACAGCAGCUAAUGGGAACACAACGUUUCAGGAAGCUUUUGUCUAAAGAGCCCAAUCCCCCUAUUGAUGAAGUCAUUGCCACGCCUGGUGUAGUGGAGCGCUUUGUGGAGUUCCUGAAGAGGAAGGAGAACUGCACACUACAGUUCGAAGCGGCGUGGGUCCUGACGAACAUCGCAUCCGGGACGUCUCACCAGACGCGCGUGGUGAUCCAGGCUGGCGCUGUGCCCAUCUUCAUAGAAAUGCUCAGCUCGGAUUUUGAGGACGUCCAGGAACAGGCGGUGUGGGCGUUGGGGAACAUUGCAGGAGACAGCACAGAGUGCAGAGACUAUGUGUUGGAUUGCAACAUCCUUCCCUCACUUAUACAGCUCUUGACCAAACAGAAUCGCUUGACUAUGAUGAGAAAUGCAGUGUGGGCUCUGUCUAACCUGUGCAGAGGCAAGAACCCACCUCCAGAUUUCAGCAAGGUGUCACCGUGCCUCAGCGUGCUCUCCUGGCUGCUGUUCGUGAACGAUACAGACAUCCUGGCAGACGCAUGCUGGGCGCUUUCCUACCUGUCAGACGGACCUAACGAAAAGAUCCAAGCCGUUAUAGACUCGGGCGUGUGUCGCAGACUGGUGGAGCUGCUGCUACAUUCAGAUUACAAGGUUGUUUCUCCUGCUCUUCGGGCUGUGGGGAACAUUGUCACAGGAGAUGAUGUCCAGACACAGGUGAUCCUGAACUGCUCUGCUCUUCAGAGUCUCCUUCACCUGCUAUGUAGCCCUAAGGAAUCGAUUAAGAAAGAAGCCUGUUGGACAAUCUCCAAUAUUACUGCCGGUAACCGGGCACAGAUACAGAUGGUGAUAGACGCAGGUCUGCUUCCUCCUCUUAUCACUAUUCUUCAGGUGGCCGAGUUCCGGACGAGGAAGGAGGCGGCGUGGGCGAUUACCAAUGCCACCUCUGGGGGCUCUGCUGAGCAGAUCAGGCAUCUGGUGGAGCUGGGUUGCAUCAAGCCUCUCUGUGAUCUUCUGACCCUGAUGGACUCCAAGAUUGUGCAGGUGGCGCUGAACGGCCUGGAGAACAUCCUCAGAUUGGGAGAGCUGGAGGCCAAGCGAGGAGGAGGAGGAAUCAACCCCUACUGCGCCCUCAUCGAGGAAGCCUAUGGUCUGGAUAAGCUUGAGUUCCUGCAGGGCCACGAGAACCAGGAGAUCUACCAGAAGGCGUUCGAUCUGAUCGAGCGCUACUUCAGCCCCGAGGACGAGGAUCGGGCCCUGGCCCCCGCCGUCGACCUGCAGCAGCAGCAGUUUCUCUUCCAGCAGUGCGAAGCUCCCAUGGAGGGCUUCCAGCUCUGAGCACCAGAAUAGGCACGGCGGAGAGUUAUUAAUAUCUAUCAUGAUUAUAAAGAGUGUGACGUUGCAAGAGCCUGUGUUGCUGGUCGACUUCCUUAACCUUUCCCUUUACCGCUCCCUCCACACCUGCUGUCUGUCACUGGUUUUGAAGAACGGCUUCAGGAAAACAUAAGCGGAUCGAUUAACGACAAAAUGACCACCAGAGCAGCUCCGAAACUCUUGAAAGACUCCCAUCAUUUGCUCAUCUUGCAUUAAUUUUCAUGUUACGGAACCCUAAAAAAAAAGAUCCCUGUCCAAUGUAAACAAGCAUCAAGAGUAAACGCUGCAUCCAGAUGAGAGUCAGUUAGAAGCUGCGGGAUUGACCGUUUGUACGUGUGACCUUGCUGCAAUACGGACGUCUUGGGACGGACGGCCUGUACGCCAUCCUUUUUCAUUUGUUCACAAACACUGGACUGACCAUGUGACUGUGGGAGCGCCUUGAAGUGCGCAUACAAAUGUAAAAAAAAAAUUAUAAGAAGAAUAAAAUAAAAACGGAGAGGCAUGACUGGGACAGUCUGCCCCGAGGACUGAAAAGACUUCAGCACUUUUAGUUUUCUCUACUCAUUAGACCCGGACUGCGUACAAGAAGUUCAGAGACAGGAGUCCAGACUGUGUGUGACUGACUGUGUGCCACUUAAGUAAAUAUAUUUUUUUUUAAUUCUCAUGCAUUCCUACAGGCUCCUAUCCUAACAAUUACAUGUUUGCACCUUCUGGGAGUUAGGAUCUUCCUGCGCACUGAGACAAAGGCAAAUCUUUUUUUUUUUUUUAAUCCCCCCUGCUUGAUCCUGUGCGCCAGACUCUUCGGACUCUUCAUACUUACGAUUAUCAUCCUUUAUCAUCGUCAGCAGCACUUUAUGUUCAGGAUGCAAAUCCUUUGGGUUUGAAUAGAAAUAAUUUUUCUUUCCAAGCAGUACCUGGCUCUCUGCUCCUCAGGAAAUGAGACAAGAAAAAAAAAAGGCGUGCGCUCGGGGCACGCCCCCAAAUGGCGGGACGUUCUCUUUUACAGAACUAAACCACACUAAAUAUCGGAGUGAAAUCUCAUAGCUGAUGAGCUUUGCCCUUCUGAAGCUUCCUCCACUACUUGGACUCCUGAUGACAUUAAAUGAGAUGAAAUCUUAGCUUCCCGGUGUGUGCCGUGUGCACACAUACACACACUUAAACAUGACUGGUAUUGCUUAUUACAGACCCGUGUUCAGAUGACCCAUUAUAAAAACAUCUACACAUUAACUACACGAGGGAAAAAAACAAAACUUAACAUUGCAUUUUUUGGGUGGAACCCGUUAGUACCGAUUGUGCCAUAAUCCUGAUUUAAAAUUAACAAAGAUUUACAACCCAGCAGCAAUUUAAAUAAGGUGCAACCAUGCAGGAAUGAAUUUCAAUCAAGCUUGAAGCAUACUGGUGAUUUUUUUUUUUUUUAAGUUUGCGCAAAAGCUGCAAGAUUGUUUACUAGUUUUUGUUUGUAUUUUAAUUUUAAUGUUGGAUUCUCCCAGAGAGAGAGAGAGAGAGAGAGAUGACCAGCUCUUCAUUUUCAAUACUGCUGUCGUAUGGAGAUUGUGUAACUGUUCUCUGUUAAGCCAUUUACAUAAAUGCUGAGGAUUUCAUGA